AACUAGGUAUCAAUGUUUUGUACUUUUGAACUUUUAAAUAGAAUCUUAAGUUGUUUAAAAUUUUUGUUAUAUUCAAAAUGUUCUGAGGCUAUCUAUUUUUAAAUAUUUUUAUGCUUUAUUCAUGGCUUAUCGUUUAAUUAAUUUGAGGGCAUUUGGCCUUUCACAGCUCAUUGGUCAAAGAGGGUGCUUAUUGACAAAACAUCAAAUAUGGAUUUACUAUUAAGCAUUUAGAUUUUAGGCAAUAAACCAUCUGUUUUACAUGAUUGACAUUAAAAUCAACGAAAACUCAACAACAACUUCAAUAGAAAUAUUAAAUAAAUAUAAUUUGCUAUACACAAACGCAAAACCAUACAUAUAGAAAAAGGAAAGUGGAUGGACACAAAAAAUACUAUCUUAAAACGAAAUAAUAAAAAACACGUGACAGUCCUAGAAAAAUACAAAUACCUUGGUAUUAAUCAAAAUAUAAGAAUUAAUAAGAAACCACAAAAAAAAGCCUAAAAAACAAUAAAAAAAAAGACUGGAGGACUAGACUAAACUCAAUUCUCGAAACAUGUUCAAAGCAAUCCUCACAUAUUCGUUUGGAAUAGAACACUGAAAACAGGCAGAUCUACAAGCACUCAAUAGACUCGCUUGCACACAACACAGGAAACUAAGUACAUCCAAACUCACAAGAAUUACAAUUAGCAGAAAAAGAGGAAGAUGAGGUCUUAUUAUCGUACAAGCACUAUACUCUAAAAUAACAGAAAAUCGAUAAUAGGAUGACGUAAACAUAGACAUCAGCUGUAUAUGGUUCGAACAAGGAAGGAUAAACCCAGAGACAGAAGAAUUCCUACUUGCCAUACAGGAUCAAGGAAUUAAUACUCCACACUGAGAUCUUAAAUAAACUGCAGCCAAGUAGAAUCGACAAACCAUAUUACACACAUCACUCAGUCACUGACAGGGUCAGUCACUGACAUUCACUCUGUACUAUGACAGACCAAUACCAACCGAUAAAACAGUAGCAGCUAAGAGGCCAGAUGUAGUACUACUAAUAAAUAAACAAACCAAAACAACGUACCUUAUAGAUAAUGCCGUAGCGAAUGAUAAAAAUUUACGUGCGAAACUUACGGAAAAAAUGCACAAUUAUCUACCACUAGCCGAAGAAGUAAAAAGAAUAUUGAACCACGAAACAACGAUUCUACCGAUCAUAAUUUCAGUAACAGAAUUGGACACAAACAUGAGGCAAGCAAUAUCAGCAAACGAAAGGCUAGCGUUGACGCUACGAUUUUUAGCUACUGGGAGAUCGUUUGAGGAUCUAAACUUUUCCACUAUCAUUUCUCCUACAACCCUAAGUGAAAUUGUGAUGGAGGUUUGCAACGCCAUAAUUGAAUUAUUGGCAGACUACAUCAAAAUACCAUUGACCGGAGACGAAUGGGAGAAAAUAGCAAAGGACUCUGGGGCAAAGUGGCAAUUUUGGAACUGCCUUGGGGCAAUAGACGGAAAACACGUUCACAUUAUUAAACCAGCAAAUUUUGGAUCAAGGUACUAUAAUUACAAGGGCACUCACAGCAUCGUUUUGAUGGCGAUUGUAGAUGCUAAUUAUAAUUGUAUAAUGGUUGAUGUUGGCACUAACGGACGGGUAUCGGAUGGUGGAGUUCUUUACAAUACCGAUUUUUGGGAAAUGUUCCAAAACAAUCGGUUAAAUAUUUCUGAUGCCUCAAAACUGCCAAAUACCGCCGAAAAAUUUCUUUACGUUUUUAUAGGGGAUGAUGCCUUUUGCGCUGAGCAAACAUUUAUUGAAGCCAUUUAGCCAAGAGGAUUUAUCAGUGACAAACCGGAUUUUUAAUUACCGAUUGUCACAGGCUCGCCGAGUAGUUAAAAACGCAUUUGGCAAAAAUGUAAAAUAUAACUUUCCUGUUCCAAUAAAACACUAUUUACUUAC